CUGAUGUCAGACAUAUACCACGCUGAGCUAUAUCUAUACGACGGCCACAGCAGUCGUGCGCGGGCCAAGGGCGAUGACACCAAUGGCAGAUGUUCGAUCGCAAUCCGACUCUUCCAGCUUGGCCCGGGCUGAUAGAGAUGAGGCCAUAAGUAUAUGGCACGACCUCGAGGUAAGAGGCAGACCGUCCCACUCUUAUACGACUGAUCCACACGACUAGCUGAUAAACUACCAGCCUCACUGGGGCGGCUAGUCGAUCAAACCCUGGACCAUACCUGGUAAUCUUUAAGCCUUUCGGACGUUGAACGUGGCGUGCUGAUCGCGAUUCAUGUCCCCACAUGCGAUAUGUCUUACUAUUGACAAGCUACCGUCGGUAUGAGAACGAUGUGGCAGCCCCCCCAGAGUCAGCCGGUAGCCUUGCUCGUGCACCUACUUCGAUAUUGGCCGACUUAUUCUAAGGUCCCUACACACAGAUGUCUGCUGUGCUUUGCAGAGUGUCACCAACUCUAUGUAAGUUCCAAGCUGAACCAAAGUAGCGGUGUCCAUGCAAGGGCAGGCCCGAUUAUUUGGUAUUUUCAGUACAUACCCGGCGAAGAGGGAUCCGCGGUUAGACCAUUACCGGCUUGUCGCCUCCGAGGGGCUUGGGAAGGGAGUGGACCAAAGGGGGGAAAGGCACCAGAGUCCAGGGUUGGAGGGGUCCUGACAAAAUCCGGGCAGCACCGCAAUGGUCCAGUCAGGCAGCGAUUCGUUCGUUUCCCAAUGGGCAUGCGGGCUCGACGCUGUCAACAGCAGCCUUGCGCGGUAAAUCAAACAUAUCGGAGGUUAAGCGCCGCUCAGGCGACCAGCAGUUGCAUCCGUGGUUUUGGAGGGGUUCCAGUAGCACCGCGUGGGCGCAGGUUUCGAGAAACUGUGGAUUCGUCAAGGGGUGUACACCUUAUAAAGCAAGGGCAACAGCAGCUUCAUUCCUGGAUUUAAGCUUGUUGGAAAAAGUGGCGAUGAGGGUCGAGUCAAGUAUGCCCGCGGGCUGCUGCAUGCAAGGAGUUCCGGCAAGUGUGCUUCUUCCCAAAUCGUCGGGUCCCAGCAUCAACA